AUGGCCGACAUCGAGAAAGGACGCGUCGCGUACAACGAGCAGAGUGCUGCCGGUGCUGCUGCGGAUCCCAACGCCAACGGAGCGCAGGCACCAUACGGUGCAGCAGGGGUGCCUCACGUCCACGGCCUCCACCCAUGGAACCAGAUCGGAAAUAAGCCCAUUAGGCGUCUGGGCAACCCCGGUCCUCUAGGACUAACAUCCUUCGCGUCGACGACGCUCGUCUUAUCCUUCUUCAACGUCCAAACGCGCGGCGUGACCGAACCGAACGUCGUCGUCGGCAUGGCGCUCUUUGUCGGCGGCCUCGCCCAACUGCUCGCAGGCAUGUGGGAGUUUGCCUGCGGCAACACAUUCGGCGCCACCGCCUUCUCGGCCUACGGCACCUUCUGGCUCUCGUACGCCACGAUCCUUAUCCCGGGUUCGGGCAUCGUCGCCGCGUACGACUCGGUCCCUAACGAGCUGCACAACGCCCUCGGCAUCUUCCUCACCAGCUGGUUCAUCUUCACCGCCCUCAUGUUUGUUGCCGCUCUUCGGCGUAACGUCGGCUUUAUCGCCCUGCUCUUCUUCCUCACCAUCACCUUCCUCCUCCUCGCGAUCGCCGAAUUUAGGAAUUCGGUGACGAUCACCAAGGCCGGCGGUGGCUUUGGCUUGCUCACGGCCGCGAUCGCGUACUACUGCGCGAUGGCGGAGCUGUUGAGGCCAGACGAUUCGUGGUUCACGCUCCCGCUCGGGCACAUCCCGAAGCGCGUCCGGUUGGAAAAUCCCUGCAGCGAACUGGAACGCCACCAAGUCUACCAUGUUGUGAGACGAAUACCACCCCAGAGGGUGACCAGCUACGGUCAUAUCGCCAAGCUGCUUGGGAUGCCGCGGCAUGCGAGACUCGUCGGCCAAGCGCUCAAGUUCCUAUCGCCGCAAACGACCCCGCCCGUGCCCUGGCACCGCGUCGUGAGCGCGUCGGGCGCGAUCGCGUCGAGAGGACCGGGCACGGACGGUGCGCGGAGACAGCGUCAGGCGCUCGAGGCUGAGGGCGUCGUCGUCGUCGACGGGCGCGGGGGAGAGGGGGAGGCGAGGGUGCGUCUGAGAGAGUACGGGUGGUUUCCGGCGGUGGGCAGCGUGGAUCUGGGCGAGUUCGGCCCGGCGCAGGUGGCGGGCGGGCAGGGAGAGGGGCAGGGAGACGAGAGCGACGAGAGCGAGUUGACGGAGUUGGAGGAAUCGGACGAGGAGGGCGCUUAGGACGGCGGGUCGAGAGGGUUGGAAAGCCCCGUGGGUGGGAUUCGGGGCAUGAGCGAUGAAGCGGGAGCCAGCCCGCGCGAGUGAUCUACCCUCAGGCAGAAUGACAUUGAUCGGCAAUGCGGGCGUCCGGAGGACAACCACCACCAGCUGGUGGUGGUUGUCCUGGAGAGCUU